AUGGGGAGAGCUCCUUGCUGUGACAAAGCCAACGUGAAGAGAGGUCCAUGGUCGCCGGCAGAAGACGCCAAACUCAAAUCUUAUAUCCAAGACCAUGGCACCGGUGGCAACUGGAUAGCUUUGCCCCAGAAAAUAGGUCUGAAAAGGUGUGGGAAAAGCUGUCGUCUCAGAUGGCUCAACUAUCUUCGCCCAAACAUCAAACACGGGGGUUUCUCAGAAGAAGAAGACAACAUAAUUUGCAGCCUCUAUGUUAACAUUGGAAGCAGGUGGUCAAUUAUAGCAGCGCAAUUACCAGGGCGCACCGAUAAUGAUAUAAAGAACUAUUGGAAUACCAAGCUGAAGAAGAAGCUACUAGGGAAGCAAAGGAAGGAGCAACAAGUUCAAGCUCGAAGAGUUUGUGGCCUAAAGCAAGAGAUCAAGAGAGAGAGUGAAGAUUUUCUGUUACCUGUGGGAGUUAUUAGCCGAACUCCUUAUUGGCCGCAUGAACAGAAUUCUUGGCCCAUUCCAGUGGCAUAUGCUUGCAUCCAAGACUCUGAUCUCAACAAUCAAACGUCAUCCAUCAUACACUUCCCUAACAACACAGUCACUGCCACCAUGAACUCCCAAUACUCAUCAUUUGACAUUUCCGUAACACAAGACCAGCUAUAUCCCUCCACAGUGAACAUGAUCACCACGGACACGUGUCAUACAUCAAAUGUGUUUCAAGGGUUUGGGAACUUCUCAAGUGAUCUGGCCUGUGUGAACCCGCAACAAAUAGAUGAAUCAAUGCGGGAUUUUUAUGGAUUGGAGUCAAUGGAAAUUGCCAAUGGAAGCACAAACACGACUUCAACAGAGAGCACUAGUUGGGGAGAUAUAAGCUCCUUGGUUUACCCGCCUUUGGUUUCUGAAUACGAAGCUUGCCAUCAGAGAAUAAUGGCUCAAGAUGUUACGUUCGAGGAGUCUAGUUACUUUGCGAUGCAAACGCAAUAA